AUGUCCCCGCUCACGACUACACUGCGGGCUCAAGGAAUCAAUUAUAGAUGGGGAAAUCUGGCUAAACUUUUAAUCCACUACAAGGAUAUCACUCACGGCGUGGCAACCCUUGAGGCUGGUAUCAUGAGACUCAAGAACUGGGGUCUGCCAACACCAGAUGUCAUACAAGAGAAACCUGCUAAGGUUCCCCGGAUGUCCCCAGA